AUAUAUAUUCCUGUUCCGACAUGAUGAUAUUUCUAAAACUAUUAUUAAAUAGCGGAUUAAUGUUUAUUGCUGCGACGGCUUCUAUUCGUAAUGAAUCAUCUUUAUGCUGUCAACCAUCAAAAUAUAUAAAACCAAUCCAUUACGAUAUCAAGCUUAUAUCAUAUAUUGAAGGACAUAUUUUACAUGGAGAAUACAAUAUCAGCAUAAGCAUUUUUAACAAAACGCAAGACGUAUUUUUACAUUCAGAAAAUCUAUGUAUUAUAAAUAUAAUUUUAUUUUCAAAUAUAAAAAAAUAUUAUGAGAAUGAUAAUGAUAUUGUUUAUAACUCAACUUAUAAUAUUGAUAAAAACAUAAUUCAUGUUUCUUUUUUGGAUGAGUUAUCACCGGGAAAUUACACUUUAAAUAUAAAAUAUCAUGGUAUUGCUGAUGAAAUAUUUAGAAUUUUUGACACGAAAGGAAAAAUUGCUCUGUUAACUGGCAUUCAUUUCAAUGUAAUAUGCACUCGAUUGUCUUCAUGUUGAGAUCAACAGAAUGUAUUGUUCGAGACAACCUUUAACAUAUCUAUAGGAUGUAAUCAAUGUACGGCUUUGUCAAAUAUACCAUUGCGACAAACGGAAGAAAAUGAGUCCAAAAUGUUAUGGACAUACUUCGCUACCACAUCUGCAAUAUCGUGUUAUCUUGCAACAAUGAUUGUGUCUAAUUACUUAUUACGUAUUGAUGUCGACAAUCGAAAUAUUGAAAUGUGGUGCAGUAACGAAUAUGGAUCUCACAUGAGAUUUGCAAGUAAUUUUGCUGAAAGUAUCACGUUGUUGUUUAAAAUUGAAUGGAAUUUACGUUCGGAGCAAAUUCUGAAGGUGACUCAUGUUGUGAUUCCAAAUUUCCAUGACAAUGGCAUAAUAGAUUUCGGAAUUGUAUUUUAUAAUGAAACAGAUAUCAUCUACGAUGGAAAUUUAUAUCCUAUUGCUCAGAAAAUCAAAGUAGCUCAAUUAGUAGGACGUAAAGUGACACAGGAAUGGUUUAAUAACAUGUUGAACGAUCCGUUAGUGUCGGAUUUUUGGUUUAAGAAAGGUCUUAUUCCAUUGCUUGCAACGUAUGCUGUCAGUAAGAUUUAUGAAGAUGAUCGAAUAAUAAAUUUAUUUGUUGUUCAAAAUCAACAUUACUCUUUUAAUUUUGAUAGUUAUUAUUAUAUGUUGAAUUCUACUUCACAAGCUAACAGUUCAUUGGAAAUUCUCAAUUCUAUCAGAGCACCUUUUAUACUGCGCAUGUUGCUACCCUUCAUCACAGAAGAAAUAUUUGAGACAUUCAUAAACAAGCGCUCGCAACGUUUAAGCUUCGCGGAUUUUAUGCCAGAUUUUGCUUCAAAAAGAAAUCCAGAUAUGCCACCAUACAUAACAGAAAUGGAAAAUUGGGAAAAAGCGAAAAAGUAUUGUCCUCUCAUUGAAGUAGUACGAUAUUAUAAUAAUUCUGUGAGCCAAAUGAAAAUAAAUAUUAAAUAUAUCGACACAUUAGAAAAUCGCAACAUCCCUCUAACUUUUACUACGGAAGCAUCUCCCGAUUUUGACAAUUUAACUUAUCAUUUUCUACCCGUGUCAGAGUAUUUAAUAACAUUACCAUUUAAAGAGGAUGGUUGGAUGAUGUUCAAUAUACAACAAGUUGGAUAUUAUUGGGUUAACUAUGAUGAUGAAAAUUGGCAAAGAAUUUCAAGUUACCUAAAAUCUGAUAAUUACACGAAAAUUCAUGUUCUUAAUCGUGCUCAAAUUAUCGAUGAUUCAUUUCAUUUAAUGAUAGCAGGCCAACUCCAAUCCCAUAUAUUUUGGAAUCUCAUAGAGUAUUUGCAACGAGAAGAAGAUUAUAUAGCAUGGUAUCCUAUGUUUAAAGCUUUAGAAUACAUGUAUGGUACUUUUCCAUGGAGAGAAUUGAAUGGAAAUAUUACUUUUAGAAUAAGGCACGCAUUAUACACGGUACUUGAAAGAAUCAAAUAUGAAGAAAUUGAUGAUGCAGACGAAUUUAGAGUAUGUUUACGACAAGAAGCUGCAAGAUGGGCAUGUUUUCUCGGUAGCAUAACCUGUAAGAGCAAAGCCAACAAUAAAUUAGAACAACAUCUCCAAGAUCCUACAAAACACAAACUUUUGCCAUGGUGGAAGGAAUGGACAUAUUGUAACGGUUUGACGAUAACUACCAACAAAGAGUCUUGGGAAUUAGUGUAUGACAUAGGAUGUGAAAAAUUUGACCCUAAAUUUUUAGAAUACUUGACUUGCCCUAAAGAUAAUGAUAUAAUUAAAGAUUAUUUAAGAAUAAAAUCUAUUAGAAAACGAGAAAUCCAAUAUCUUGUUACCAAUUUCUUACAUAUUAUUACGAAGCAUGCGAAGAAUGGAGAUAUCUUGCAGUACAUAUUAGACGAUUUUUUUAACAUAAAACCAAAACAUGUUGGUGUAAUUGCAACAUUACUUAUUAUGAUUAAUAAUGUAUAUCGCGAAUAUCUAGCUGAGACAAUACACGAAUACGUUACAUCUUUGGUGGUCAAUAAAGACUUAUAUGUUGGGAUGAAAGAAAAGGAUUCCAUAAUAGGGCAUUAUAACAAAAUUGAAAGCAAAAUAAUAUAUCGCAUUCGUCAAAUCACAAGGCAGAGACAGUAUUUUGAAAGUUUAUUCGUCUAAUGUGUGGAUGUAAAAAAAAUUGCAGCUUUGCAUACGUGGACAUACUUCAUAUGAAUUUUUUAUAUUGUAUAUACUAUUUAUUUUACUGCUUUAAUUAUUGUUUAUUUAGAUGUUUUUAUAUUCGAUGCCGCCGUCUUUACUUUAUGACUGCAUGCAUCAAGUUUUACAUUUUUCUUUUGCGAUCUUGCUUGAAGUAGUUGAAAUAUAUAAUAUAUUAUUACCUGUGUAGUCACAAAAAAGUAGCCAUAUAAUAUUAUAAUAAAUAUUACUAUUCGAUAUAAUAUA